AUGGGUCGUUCCUCCACUCACUCAACGCAAGCACAGAAGGCUGUGGCUGGUCGGGAAAGCAGUCUACGAUAUGCUAGCAAGCCCAGUGUGAAACUUGCUCGGGCACAAAAGCCUCGCACUGUGAACCGCCGGAAGACAGCCAAAGUAUUUGAAUGUGUUCCUGGCCUUGCUCCUCCAACACCCGCAAUGCUCACAGAAGCAAAACAAGCUCUACCGUCUGAUCACCCUCUGUUCAAGGAGGCGCUCCAAUCGCCAGAUAACCUGGACAAAAGCGAUCUGCCUCGGUGGAAGAAGAUACCUCCCUUUGAAGCAGACAGCGACCCCGCAGAUCCUCUCUCCACUGAAUACCUCGAGUAUACUGCCUCACUCUCGGCUGUGCUGCAUGGUGUACGACUACGGGAGCAGCAGCAGCGCAUCCCAGUAUUGUCCUUGCAGUGGCAAGGGCGGAAACGACAAGCACUCCUCAAGGUGCUGCGUCACAAGCUGGAGAUCGAGUACAGGGAUUGGGAUCACAUCCAAAUCCUUCUGUCUGUCAGGGGACGCCGCGCUCCUUGGGCAUGUGACCAUGCACGUGACCCACUGCACCCUCUCUGCCGACCCGUGCCUGCUCACCUGUCGAUCACCCAGCCUCCUCCUCCUCCUCCGAUCCUCAUCUCCAUCCAUGCCGACAUCCGCCCUCUCCCUUCUUCCCCCGGCCAUCUCCCUCGAAUCCCCGCAAGCGAUCUAGCCAAGCCCGAUUCCUUGCACCAGGGAGUGCUACUGCCGCUCGUACCAGAUGCCCUUGCGCUCAUCCGCACCACCCCUCUUCCCAGUUGGGCAUUGGUCCUCGCCUCCAAUGUCUCCACUGGCUGGCCCCGCACUGGCCUGGCCGCUGGGCUCCUCCAGUGUGGCCUUCCACUGUUGGUGUCUCAGGAGCUGGCCAUCACUGGCCCCUCUGAGCCACUCACUAUCUUAUCUGGGUUUGUCAUUAUCUACUUGUCAUCUGCCAUUGUUCCAUGGCAGUGA